CAGCUCGCCUCUUCGGAUGAGCAAAAUCAAAUCAUACGAGUUUCCAUGUUUCGAUAGGGAUUGCCACCUGACACAUAAAACUMACAGAAAAAGCGAUCGACAACAUUUACAAUACCAUCAUGCGUUCGUCAACAAUUGCUACUGUCCUCGUCGGCCUUUGCGCCWUGGAAUCUGGUCAAGCCUGGUCUGCACCUAAGCCUGGAUCCCAGGUCACCCGUAAAUCGAUGCUGCAGACUCUUGUCAAGGGUGGUGUUGCAACAGCGGCCGCAACCGUCUUGGUGCAGCAGCCUGCCUUUGCCGAUAAGCUUCCAUCUGGCGUUACAUACGAGGUUGUCAAGGAAGGAAAGGGCAUCAAACCCGACGUUGGGGAACUAAUUGCCAUUCGCUUCGCCGCAUACGUYGAWGGCCGAAAGAUCGACGACAUUUUCGAUACUCCUGAGCCCUACUACACAAGACUCGGAAGUGGUGGCCUUUUGAAAGGCGUCGAAUCGACCCUGCCGCUCAUGAAUCUUGGAGACAGAUGGAAGCUCACCAUUCCUGUAAGCUAGUCGAAUCUUGAAUGAUUUCAAAUGAAUUUGGUUGAUUUGUAGCGACGGAAAAACGUGUCGGUCCUUGUUUGUGCAAAUUUUACAYUUUCAUUGGCCAUCCAAAGUUUCCAAGCAUGUCUUUAAAAAGCACGAUUUGCUUAAUCGGUAGGACGGAAAUACCGUUCGAAGAAGAUCUUUCUCAUAAAUKYUUCCUUCGUUCAUUGUUAUGGUGAUGUAGGGUGAAUUGGCGUUUGGACCCAAGGGCCGACCAGCCUCGGCUGGAAAGCCUCGAAUCCCUGGAAACGCAGAGGUUGUUUUUGACGUAGAGAUUGUUGGACUUCCAGGAAAGGAACCUGAAUUGAUCGAAUUGAUCGGUGAUGAAUAAAGAACGCAAUAGCUUCUCUUGGAAGAUGUCGACAAGGAACCAUUCCCUCAAAUUUGAGAAUUGUCUUUUUCGAGAUAAGGGCCGUUAUGAUGACAUACAAAAACCUMAACCAGAACAUAUCUAAUGU